CUAGUAAAAAGCUUGAGAGAGAACUGCACUGUGUUUAUUUCCCUUCAGUUGGUUUGUGGGCUUCUGGAUUUUUUUUUUUUACCUCUUUUCUCUGGACUUACCAAGGGAAACAAAUGCAGGACGUCUUUGGGAUCCUGUUGAUGUUCACAGGAGCUGCAUCAGGUUUGCUGUUUCAGGAUCCUGUUGUCUGUAGAUUUACUCAGACGAACCAGUGUUAUGUGGCUCUGGGACAACAACUGCACCUGAACAUGCCCCUGGAGGAAAGGCUUGAUCUUCUGUUCAUCAGUGAGACAUUUGGUGCUCAUCGAAUUUUAAGCUAUAGAAAAGCCGAUAGUCUCCCACCAAAACCACUUCUCCCAAGAUGGCAGUUUGUUAAUGAUAAUAAAACUCUGAUCCUCAGCAGUGUAGAGAGGAGUGACUCUGGAAAUUACACUUUAUUCACCUUUGAUGCAAAAGGGAAUCCUCAAGGCGAUUAUAAUCUCCAGCUGAUCAUUGAAGCUAAAGUGUCUUCAGUAAAAGUGUCCUGCAGCUGCUUGGCAACUGAAGUCAUGAAAGUGGAUUGUUCUGCUGAUGGAGACAACCUCCGCUUCACCUGGACUUCUGAUUCAAACACACUCGUUCAAUUGGAGAAUGCGACCAGGAGUUUCAAACUGGUUAAAGACUAUCAUGGAAGUGUCACCUGCCAUGUAGAAAAUCACGUCAGCCGUGAAACCGAUACCACUGAACUCUGCACAUGUCCUGUCAUCAGUUCCACACAGUGUAAUAAUGGUUUAAUGGUGUUUGUGUCUGUGUGGCUUUUUGAAGUCAUCAUCCUGCUGUCGCUGUUAAUGGGAGCGUUUUAUAUUUACACCAGAAUCUAGAGGAAGCAGCGAAUAACUGAGAAUCAGGAUCAGGAAGCUCUGUAAACCUGGAUCAGGAACAGAAGAAUCAGUCCAUGGUUGCUCUCCUCCAUCCAGGAACUCAUCCACACUGAACCUCCAGAAAAAUAUAACCAUCAGUAACAGAUGGGUAACAGAGAAACAAAUUUAAUUCCUCAGUCCACAUCAACUUUUCAAAAACUAA